GUCUUGGUACAGUCAGGGCUUCAGCGGGGCAGGGCCAGCUGCUGGGCCUGCCAGACGGACACCGGGGCGGGGGGCAGAUGGGGCAUAUAGGUGGCGUCCUGCCUUUGAGAAACACCUAGUGCUCAGAGGGGAAAGGGUGGCGCCCAGAGGGAGUUCCCACCUGUCGCUUUGAGAAGAAAUGGAGACUUAAGAAAAUAGCAAGGAGGGGCCCGUCGGUGUCUUGGACGCAUCUGAGCCCCACCCUCGGUCGGAGGAAAAGCCCCUUGGGUGAGAGACAGACGGUUCAGAGAAACAGAGAAGAAAAGCGCCUCUCCGCGCUCCACCUGCUCCGCCUCGCACUCCUGCUGCGCGCCGGCCCUGCAAGCUCCAGGGACGCGGCCUUUCGCCCCGCUGCGCCCUCACCCCGGCUGGCCUCCGGGUGGCACCUGCUGGCGACCCUACUCCUGAACCCUCUCCAUGGCGGCAACCAGACCUGCAAGCUCCCGGAGCGGAGCCUUCAGCCGGCAACUCCUGCUGACCCUCACGGUUUUAACACUUACCUGUGAUGCUUGCAAAAAAGUGACACUGCAUGUUCCCUCAAAACUAGAUGCUGAAAAGCUUAUUGGUAGAGUUAACUUGAAGGAGUGUGUUAAAUUUCCAAACCUAAUUCACUCAACUGAUCCUGACUUCCAAGUUUUAAAGGAUGGUUCAGUCUAUACAACAAAUGCUGUGCUUUUGUCCUCGGAAAAGAGAAGCUUUACUAUAUUGCUUUCUAACACCAAAAAACAAGAAGAGAAGGAAAUAUUUGUCCUUUUGGAGCAUCAAACAGAGGUACCAAACCAAAUGCAACCUAAAGAAAAAGUUCUGCGACGAGCCAAGAGAAGAUGGGCUCCCAUUCCUUGUUCAAUGCAAGAGAACUCCUUGGGUCCAUUCCCACUUUUCCUUCAACAGAUUCAAUCGGACACAGCUCAGAACUACACUGUGUACUACUCCAUCAGGGGGCCAGGAGUUGACCAAGAGCCUUUGAAUUUAUUUUAUGUGGAGAGAGAUACUGGAAAUCUGUAUUGCACUCGUCCUGUGGAUCGUGAGCAGUACCAAUCUUUUGAGCUCGUUGCGUUUGCAACAACUCCAGAUGGAUAUACACCAGAGCUUCCACUGCCUCUGCCUAUCAAAAUAGAGGAUGAGAAUGAUAACCACCCAAUUUUUACAGAAACAACUUACAUUUUUACAGUUUAUGAAAACUGCCGAAUUGGCUCGACAGUGGGACAGGUCUGUGCAACUGACAAGGAUGAGCCAGACACAAUGCACACACGCCUCAAGUAUUCCAUCAUUGAGCAGCUGCCGAAAUUACCUACCCUCUUCUCUAUGCAUCCAAGCACGGGUGUCAUUACUACGUCAUCAUCUCAGCUAGACAGAGAGGUAAUUGAUACGUACCAGUUGACAAUAAAGGUACAAGACAUGGAUGGUCAGAGAUUUGGUUUACAGUCAACUGCAACAUGUAUCAUUAAUAUUGGAGAUGUGAAUGACAACUUGCCAGUAUUCACCCAUUCUUCUUAUGAAGCAUCAGUGGAGGAAAAUACAGUUGAUGUGGAAAUCUUGCGUGUUACUGUUGAGGAUAAGGAUUUAGUUAAUACUCCUAAUUGGAGAGCUAACUAUACCAUUUUGAAGGGAAAUGAAAACGGAAAUUUUAAAAUUGUAACUGAUCCCAAAACUAAUGAAGGAGUUCUGUGUGUAAUCAAGCCUCUGAAUUAUGAAGAAAGACAACAGCUGACUCUGCAAAUUGGCGUGACUAAUGAAGCUCCAUAUACAAGAGAUGGUAUUUCAGGGUCAUCCACGAGCACAGCAACAGUUACUGUUAAUGUAAGAGAUCAGGAUGAAGGUCCCGAGUGUAGCCCAGCAACACAGACCGUUCGAAUUACAGAAAAUGUAGCGGUCGGAACAAAAAGCAAUGGAUAUCGUGCCUUUGACCCGGAAACAAGAAGUAGCGAUGGCAUAAGGUAUAGGAAAUUAAAUGACCCAAAAGGAUGGGUUACUGUUGAAGAAAAUUCAGGAUCCAUCGUGAUUUUCAGAACUCUGGACAGAGAAGCAGAGAGCAUCAGAGAUGGAAUCUAUAAUAUUACAAUCCUCGCAUCAGAACAGAGUGGGAGAUCAUGUACUGGGACAUUGGGAAUUAUACUUGAAGAUGUAAAUGAUAAUGGCCCAUACAUACCUAGAAGGACAGUGACUAUCUGUAAAACCACCAUGUCCUCUGCGGAGAUUGUUGCUGUUGAUCGUGAUGAACCCAUAAACGGCCCACCCUUUGACUUCAGUUUGGCGAGUUCUGAUUCAGAAGUACAGAGAAUAUGGAGACUGACAAGAAUUAAUGAUACAGCAGUGCGUCUUUACUAUCAAAAUGAUCCUCCGUUUGGGAGAUAUGUGGUACCCAUCAGAGUUACAGAUAGGCUUGGUUUGUCUCAAGUCACUUCAUUGGAUGUGUUGCUGUGUGACUGCAUUACUGAGAAUGACUGCACGCUUCGUGCGAGUCCAAGGACUGGCAAUGGGGAAGUCAGACUUGGAAAGUGGGCCAUCCUUGCAAUAUUGCUGGGCAUAGCAUUGCUAUUUUGUGUUCUAUUUACAUUGGUUUGUGGAGCUUCUGUGGCAUCCAAGCAACCAAAAGUUUUACCUGAUGAAUUAACCCAGCAGAAUCUAAUUGUAUCAAACACAGAGGCCCCUGGAGAUGACAAAAUGUAUUCCACAAAUGGCUUCACAACCCAUGCAGUGGGCACUGCUGCUCAGGGCGCUUGUGGCACCAUGGGAUCAGGAGUCAGAAAUGGAGGGCAGGAGACUAUUGAGAUGGUGAAAGGACAGCAGACCUUGGAAUCCUAUCGGGGAGCCGGGCAUCACCACACGCUGGACUCCUACAGGGGAGGACAUGUGGAGGUGGACAACUGCAGAUACACCUACUCCGAGUGGCACGAUUUCACACAGCCCCGUCUCAGUGAGAAAGUUAGUCGGUGUAAUCAAGCAGAUGCACAUGAGUGUGGCGAAGACUACAUUCGUACCUACAACUAUGAAGGAAAAGGAUCCACGGCUGGUUCUGUAGGUUGCUGCAGUGAGCAGCGCGAUGAAGAUGGGCUUGAAUUUUUGGAUCAUUUGGAACCCAAAUUUAGGACACUAGCGGAAACAUGCAUAAGGAGAUGAACGUGUUCUGAAAAAUCUACAAACUCCAAGUGACAACAUUACUGCUUAUUUCUUUUAGUUACAAAUAAGGACUUUUUGUUUUUAAGUAGAUGAUGUUAUGGUGGGGACUUUUCUCCUUUUAUUCUGCAUAGAAUCUCUUUGGUCAAGUGCAUUUAGAGAAAUACUUUAUAAAUAAGUGUGCAUAUUUUUCAAUUUUUACAUUUUCUGAUUUACCUUAUUUUCAGCAAGGGGUUCUACAAUUAGAAAAAUUAAAGAAGUCUGCAUUAUUGUUUACAUUUGGGCAUCAUGACAGCACCAAUGAAGUGCAAUUGACUCAUGUCUAUACUAUAGACUACUUGAAGUGUAACUCUGCAGAAUAUUGUAGAGAACAUUAUCUCCAGUUAACUAGUUAAUUGUGUUGUGUUUGAAAACUGUCAUUUUCCUAUCUAUUCCAAAGUUUGUGUUGUUCGCAUUGUGUUAUUGUGACAUGAGUCUUCUUCAUAAUGAAAAGGGAGAUUGCUAAUCAGGCUUAGACUGCAUUACAAUUCCGUUUUGCUUUAUUUUGGUUUUAGACUUUAUUCUAUACAAAAUUAUGCAUUAAUUAUCUCAGUUGCCUGCCUAAAAAUACACAUGCAUUUUCUCACUUAUCUUGUCAAUGAAAUUUAAGGCUCAAAAAUGAUUAUAGAAUAUAUUUUUAUUCUUGUAAAAUUUUUGUCUUUGAAAUGUCAACUGGUUUUUCUUCAUCUUAUUUUCUUUUUCUCUUCUAUGUUGUAAAAUUUUUUGCUUGAGCUGGGAAACUUGUAUUUUAAGAACUUUUUUUUCUCUUUUGAAGUGAAUUAUUGUUUUUGAGGGUUUUUUUUAGCAUAUUCUUGUUUUUCUUAAAAUUGGUAUAGAGUUAACUUUAUUGUUUUGAAUAUUUGAUGAUUAUUUCUUUGCCUCCUCAACACAGAACGUUUAAUUUGACCAUGAAGCUGUAAAAAUUGUGCCAUGCUUUGUUAGAUGCAACAUUGUACACUAACAAAAGAACAGCUUAAUUAGACCUGGAAUUCAAUAUUCAUAGCACAUUUGCUGUUCAUAUAUUUCAUGUAAGAAUAUAGCUCAGAAAUGAAAAUAGUGAUCGUUUUUGAAAUAAGUUUUGAAAUAUAGGCAUGUUGAAAACUACAUUGGAAAUCUGUUUUAUAACUUUGUAGAUAAGAUGAAUACUCAUCUCUGUUUCUAAAGUUAUUUUGAAAGAAAUAGUUUACUGCUGUAGUCUCUAAUAAAUAUCAAAGUGGGCCAAGCUAAAUGUUAAAGUAAUAACACAAAAUUAGCAGUCAGCCAAAUUUUAGGCAAGAUAUCAUCAUGUACUUCAGUGAGUGAAUUUAUAUAUUGAACCAAUAAUAUGAAAAUUUUAAAUGCUUCUUGUAGUUAUGAUCGUUUCUAAAGUACCUAACUUAAAUUUAAAAGAUUGAAUUAUGAUAAUUAAUUUUCAAAAUUAACAUUGGGCAAUCAUUUUAUAACCAGCUUAUUGCAUCAAUAGCUUUAUUGC